UGGCAGUCAGGCAGAAACACAGCGGCUCCGCUACAGACAGGAGGAGCUAACUCGGCUUUUCGUGACAUUCAGUGACUGUAUGUUGUAUUAUUAUUAGCCGAAACACCACAGCAGUCAGGAGGAACACCAUGCCUUUUAGAUAUUGUUGAUUUUUGUGCUAAAAUUAUGUCCCUGAGUGCGUCGUGUGUGUCCGUCUGUCAGAAAAGGACGGUGUCCGGCCUGCUGGCUGGUCGUGUGGUAAAGAGGCCCAAGCAGGAGGACGGCCAGCGUCUGCAGGAGGCAGUGAUCCAGCUGUUGAAUCAGCAGCAGAGCCUCAGCAGCCUGCUGAGGGAGGUCGGGAGUCCAAACCCGUGCAAUAUUUUCUGCAGUGAGAAUGCAAAGCAGGGAGACGGAGCAUGUGAAGGACUCCCAUCAGCCAUUGCAGGGUCACUCCUGGUCGGGGAGCUCAGGCGUCAGGCUGAGGAGCUUCGUGUCCCUGUAGCGGCUCUGUCAGUGAGGAUGAUGCUGGAGAGACUGACGGAGAUCACCCGGACUGAGGAGGAGCACGAGGGGAGAGUGUUGCUCACCUCCUCUCAGAGAGUGCAGCUGAGUGUCCUGCUGCAGGCCGGCAGGGAGCUUCUGUCUCUGGGAGCUUUGUGCCCCAAGCUGCUCUGGCAGGAGUACUGGAAGGAUCAGUUUGAUGUGUCUUUACAGGAGCAGCCCAAUCUGGAGGUGGUGUUCCAUCUUCAUGCUCACAACAUCCUCACUCUAAAGUCCAUUUUAGAGAGCGAUGAAGGGGUGAGGUCGUGGUUGGUGUCUGAGUUGAAGGCUCUGUGUGAUUGGACGGCUCCGCAGGACCAACAGGAGGCCAGACAGGUGCAACAGAAAGUGCUAUCAGUGGUGGUGGGAGUCUUGGUGGGAGCCGGGUUUGAAGAGAGCCAGGAGUCGGCGGCACCAAACAGGAAACUCGGCGUGCUCUGCUGCUCAGUCCUGGACGACAUGCUCUCCUGGCUUCUGGACACCAUGGAGAAGACAAAAACUGCACAGUGUGGUGGGACAGGGGCGGCGCUAUGGAUCCAGCUGUGUGAUGCCUCGUUGUGUGGAGUCUCUGUGUCACCAGCAGCUCUUCGGCGCUUCUUCACACACUCCCUGACCAGUGCUCUUACCUAUAAACCUCGACUUACUGUGUCAGAAGCCAUCGCCAUGCAGAGUGAGUGGAGCUUCGCCAAAUCCAAUCAGCUGCUGACGUCUUUUUUUCAUAAGCUGGCUGUCAUCUUCAGUGUGGAGGAACUGCUCCUUCACCUGCAACAGGUUUUGGAAACGCAUGAAGUGAACUGGCAACACGUCCUCUGUUUCCUCUCCACGCUGCUGGUUUACAACCCGGACGCCCAGCGCAGCCUCAGAGAGCUCCUGUCCAGACUGCUGAGCUCUGCGUUUGACAGCUAUGACCUGGAGAACAUGAUCACUGCCUUCCUGUUGGCUCGACAGGGGGCGCUAGAGGGACCGGGCCUCUUCCCCUCCUACUGUGACUGGUUCAAGAUGUCUUUCGGGGGGGCCAGUGGGUACCAUGCAACUAGUAAGAAGUCUUUGGUGUUCUUGUUGAAGUUCCUGUCUGACCUGGUGCCCUUUGACCCUCCACAGUACAUCAAGGUUCACAUCCUGCAUCCUCCCUUUGUAUCUGUGAAACACCGAAGCCUUCUGAUGGAGUACAUCUCCCUGGCUAAGACCCGGCUAGCUGACCUCAAGGUGGCCGUGGAGGACAUGGGUCUGUAUGAGGAUGUUUCUGGGGCAGCUGGAGCUCCAGUGCAGCCACAUUGCCAGGCUCUGCAGGACGUGGAGAAGGCGGUGUCUCUGUUUGAGACCACAGGAAGAAUCUCCGCCACAGUCAUGGAGGCCAGUAUUUUCCGAAAGCCGUAUUUCCUGACAAGAUUCCUCCCAGCUCUGCUGACACCGAGAGUGCUUCCUCUGAAAGCCGAUGCCCGUAUGAGAUUCAUAGAAGCUCUGAAAAAAGCGGACAAGAUCCCUGCUGCUCAAUAUUCCUCUUAUGUGGAGUCCUGCCAGAGACAGAGAGGACAGCAGGAAAGGAAUGUGGUGUGUGUAGAAAGCCAUGAUGACCCACAGGAGGUCCUACAGGUUCAGCUGCAGGAGUUCAGAGGGCUGGUCAUUGAGGGAAAUGAUGGAGAGAUUUCGGCCCAGCUGUCGAGGAUCUCGCACACCCUGAGUGUCAUCUUCCCGGACUGUCCCAAAGAGACAAUCGGCCAGAAAGUUGUCAAUCUUCACAUGGACUUGCCACCGUCCCGUGAGCUCCAUGACAACGCGGUCAGCAUGAUCCUGAGAAACUUUUGCCAGUGUAUUUUAGAUGCAUCCCAAGCAAAACCACCCAAUAAGCAAACGCCAUGGGCCUGCAGAUUUGUUAGUGCUCUGCUUGGUAACACACAGCUGCUCUCCAGCCUCAUCCACAGACUCUGGGACCUGUUUCAUAACCAGGGCUUGUCGCUGAGUGCUGCACACAUACUGGGCCUGGGAGCGUUUGUGGUCCACCUCCAGGCCUGCAGUUCCCAGAAUCCUCUGGUGCAGUUUGUCCCCCCGCUGCGUCCCGAGCUGGUGCCCAUCACCGAGGCGCUCGCCGUGGCCCUGGUCUGCCGCACACACACCGACAUGCUCUUCUGCAUCAGGUUGUGUUUGGCCGCUGUGUGCUAUGGGAUCUGCAGAGGGGACUCACUGCCUCAACAACAGCAGCUGGACUACAUACCUAAGAGCCUCUAUAAGAAGCUGCUAUACCUCAUCCCAAGACUGCUGCCUGAGGCUAGAAGGACUCCCCUCACUGGUGAGAGUCCAGAGGGAGAGCUCCACGAGGAGAACCACUGUGGACUGUGGAGGAACACCACAGACGCCAACACGACCUGGAGGAAGUCGGCCUGGCAUUUGUGGAAGCACGCUGCUUUCCGUCAGCUAGUGCAAAUACCACAGUAUCAGUUGUCUUUCUCAGAAUGGCUAGCCACUGAGCUCAGAGUACAUCGGAGUAACGAUGCCCUGCCUGACCCAGACAGGCAGGAGUACCAGCAGUGGGCCUGCAUGGACUUCUACCUGUCCUGUCCUGAGGAGCAGGGAGGAUGUGGAGGAGACAUGAGAAACCUCUGCUCUCACAUCCUCAACGCUGUCAUGGACCAGCAGGCAGGCAGUGACCAAAACCAGGAAAAGUUGUAUCAUGGAGUGUCAGAAAUGGGCACCUGUCUUCCAGACAUCCUUUCCAGAUUACAGGAGCUGCUCUAUGACAUGCAGGUGAGCAGUCACUGCAGCGCCCGCAGAAGCUCAGCUGAUGUGUGUGACUUCCUGUUUGAACUGGUGUCCCAGAGGUGUUCGUCUGCACUGACCUCUGACUCACUGAGCAUCAGCAGGGAGCUAGGCCUGCAGCACACACUGCACGCGUGGAACAGAGUAUUGCUGGCGCUUCCGGCGGUCUUGUUUGUCACCGUAACGAAUGAAGGAGGGAGGACGACCCUCGACUGUCAUAACCUGAUAGAACAUAUCAACCAGCAUCAGAGGAAGGUGUGCUUUCCGGCCGGCUUGCUGCCCUUCCAUCUAACAGCACACUUCCUGAAGGGCGUGCUGACUGCCGGUGUCCGCUGUGGACGCUCCUCUGAAGAGGUCAACAAGGCCUGGUCCCAGAUCAGUCUGCACUGUCCUCUGCUCCUCGUCUCUACAGUGCACUGGUGGGAGCGUUUGUCUCCAGUGCUGUUGUCACUGUGGCGUCGUCUGUGUGGUGGAGAGCGUCUUCCAGAGCAGCUGCUGCUCCUCGCUGACUGUCAGCGCUGGGCCUGCAGCUCAGAGAAGGCUGUACCCUCCAUGGUGACCUCAGCUCCGGCCCUGCUGCUGGCCGCCAGCUUGCACCGGGCCUGGGGAGCCCGUGGGGGGCGUCGGGGAGAGACGCAGGGCUUCAGCACCAUCCUGGACACGCUGAAACUGGAGAGCCACUAUCAGCAGGUGCUUGUUUUUCUUCUCUUCCUGUGUGUAAAUGACCUCAUCUCAACCUUCCUGUAUCCUCAGGAGGCGGAGGAGAGCGCUCAGAGAGCCAGGCAGCGGUGCUCAGAGAUCCUCCCGCUGCUGCUGGACUCUCCUGACUGGCUGCUCAUCUUCAAGUCAGCUGGAAAAGGUCCUUACCAGUCAGUGACCAUGUUGACACGGGAUGAGUGCACCAGGCUGAUGCCUUUGGCCUUUUACAGCGUGUUGCUGCAGCAGCGUGCUGAGCUGCUGGACGCUGCUGUCCGGGCUCCAGGGUUCCUCCACACUGCCGUCCUCUGCUACAUCGACCUGCUGCAGCUCUUCCUGGACAGACACACACCUGCACCCGUGUCAGAGCCCCACACCAACCAGGUGGAACCAUCCCAGAUGUUGAGCCGAGCCCAGCAGUUUCUUCUCAGGGCGAUUUCUCAGAGUCCCCUGACUGCUCUCUCCUCCAGCCAGCUCACACAGCUGCAGUCCCUGUGUGAGGAUCUGGACCCCGAGGUGGCAGCUGCUCUCGCCCUGCAGCUCGGCCCCGACAGCCUCAGCCAGGAGAUGGACUUCCUCUGAACGGGUGAGGAGCAGCUGCUCAGGCACAGCAACAGGCAAACAGACGAUGUGUGGAGGGAGAUUUGUUUACACCCACUUUACUGCCAAUUAUUCUGUUUGUUUUGCCAGUGACAGAUUACCAGUUUCAUAUUUGUUGUUGGGUUACAUGUCACCCAUUAUUCCUCCAUCUGCACUUAGCUGAGGAAAUCAGCACCUUUACUUGUAUCAAAAAGUAGAAACCUGUUCCUGUGGUUUAUAUUUGAGUUAGGACCGAUCAGAGCCAAUAUCGGUAUCUGGACAUAAUUCACUCAUUGGAUAUCAAACUGACAUUACCAAUCCACGUACCGACCCAGAUUCCUUAAUCUGUGUGAAAAGGCACUUUUAAGCCUCUGCCUGUACAUCUAACUCACCAUUUGGCAAGUGACUGAGCUGGUAAAGGGAUUUUUACAUGGGUGACCACAAUCGCCUGGCCUUGGGGAGGAGCAAUGCGAGGCGAGUCAUGUGGGCAGUAAUAAUCUUAAAAAAAAAAAAAAAAAAAAGAGCUCUGGUGUCAGUACUGGUAUUGACA